AUGAUGACGAGAGGACGCAAAGAGAAUAGCAACGAGACCUCACCCUCGCCGACACUACUUCUUCACGGCGGAGUUAUCGAUAUCCCUCUGAAUACUGACAGUGGAGUGACUAAAAACACUCCCGGCGAAAUCGCACUAUUGAGGUUCAAAUCUGUCUCGAAGCUGUGGUCAUCCAUUAUCAGCAGUCGUAGAGACUUCAUAGAAUCGAUAGUGACUCGAUUUUUGACUCAGCCUCCUCAUGAUGCCCAUUUCAUCUUCGGCUUCGAUUCAGGCCCUUACGUGGAAUGUUUCUUAGGCUUAUCGUCUACUUAUCCUCCAAAUACGGACAUAGAAGCAGUACUAUCAAUCCCUGGGAGAAUGGCGCAGUAUGUUUACGGUUUGAUGUGUUGUUUGUCUGGUUUUAAGGAUGCUAAGAAGGAGACACAAGGAUGGUCCAGGAUUUUCUUUCACGAGAUGCAUGGCUUUUCAAAUUGGCGCAUCUUGGGUGCUACUUGUGGUGGUGAGAUCCUUUUUGCCAAGUGGAUGUACUGCAUCUAUCACUAUGAAGACAAGCUGUUAUGUGUCUUAUAUUAUGAGCCGAAGCGAAACAGUAUGAGGGGUGUUGACGUCGAAGGUACUUUACCUAAUGAUACAAGGCGUUACAGAUUUGUUAUAAUCUGGACUAUUCCGGAUCAUGUUCAGAACACAAUGUAUUUGUAUUAG